AUGGAAUGGUCAUUUGAAAUCAAGUACAAGCUACUCAUCACCGUCUAUCGCAAGUCCCCUCCGCUAUGGGUCAUUCAACUCACCAUCGUUGAUACCCACAAGGUCCCAACAUCCGUAGCUGCCAAAGCAUCGCUCAUGAUCAUCCACAAUUGUCUCAUGCUAGUACCAUUUACACUCUCAUCAAGCGUCUCUAUACCUGAGGAGCGGUGGUGGCAUCGACGUUCAGCUAAGAAAGUCGGUCUGCAGGGGAAGGCCAUUGGUAUGGACGGCGAAGGCGAGACUUUUACUUCUAUCAAUGACUUAAGAUACCCGGCUAAGACAAAUGACACAGAGCAUGCUGAACUCGCUCGCGGAAAUGCAGAGAAAGAGGGUACUUGCAACGUAUCCUUCAUCGAGGCCUCGAUCACGUUUAUCCCUCUACCAGACUCCACCACCGACUGCACAAUCAGCAACUGCGUGUUAAACCUCGUUCCUACACCUGACAAGCAUCUUGUGUUCAGCUAG